CGUUAGCACCAAUGUCUUGACUCUCUCUUGACCGGCCAUGGCGUCCUCGGCACCUUCCGGUAUGGCGCGAUUCGCCGCCCUCGCCGCCGCCGCGGCCGCCGCCAUCCUCUCAGGCCUGCUCUACAGACGCAGGUGCGGCCGCUUGACCGCGCGGGUGCAGGAGCUAGAGGACUCCCUGGCCGACGCCGUGGAGAAGGCCGCCGCAGAGCGCCGCGGCAGGGUUCGGGCUCAGCAGUCACUACGAAGGGCCCUGAGCGAGCAGGGGACGAGCCCGGGUAAGGAGAAGCCGGACAAGGCCCCGGCGUCGUACCCGAUGGCAGCGAUCGGCACCGUGCAGUCCUGCUUCUCCACUAGAAAUGGCACACCGAGACAGCCUUUGGUGGUGCCGCUGGCCAGAGCGACCGUGGUGCUUAAUCCUGCCCGUGUUGCGGCCGAAGCGCUAGAGGGACUUGCUAGUUACUCGCAUUGUUGGAUCCUCUACGUGUUCCAUCUGAACACCGAUCUUGAUAAAAUGUGGAAAGACCCUGCUAGAUCCAAGCUAAAAGCAAAGGUGAGAGUGCCUAGAUUGAAAGGGGGCAAGAUGGGGGUUUUGGCAACUAGAUCUCCGCAUCGGCCUAAUCCAAUUGGACUCAGUGUAGCAAAGGUGGAGGCAGUGGAUGGUCAUGCGAUUUUGCUUUCUGGAGUAGAUUUGGUUGAUGGCACGCCUGUACUUGAUAUCAAACCAUAUCUGCCAUAUUCUGAUAGCGUGAAUGGCGCGGCUAUUCCUAAUUGGUUAGAGGUUGAUGGUGCAUUAGCUGUGGAGUCUAUCCACUUCUCUGAGCACUUCAUUUCUUCACUUUCCAACUGCUGGGCGCAUGUACAAAAGCAGGCACUCUAUGCCUCAGCAGACGAGUUUCAGGAUCUGAUCAAGGAGGUGCUCUCCUGGGACAUCAGAUCAUUGUCUCAGCGACUCCGCCCUCACCAGGUGAACAUUAAAAGCGAGGCGGAUGAUUAUGGUAGCGAAGCUCAUGAGGAUUGCAGAAACAAAGAAGAUUACCAAGCCGCUGUCUCCUGCCCGAUCGUAGUCUACCACCUUCAUCUGGAAGGCAUUGAUGUGUCAUACAAAAUCGAUGAAAAUUCCAACAUUGUUGUUGACGAUGCAGCCCUUCUUCCCAGUGCUGCAAACCAAAACAAGUCUAGCUACCUAACAUGGAGGGAUAAGCUUAGCACUUUGUAGGAGAGUAGUAUACAAAACUUUUGGCAAGUCGCAGGAGCACAAGCUGCACAAUGCUGUACAAUAUCAUGAGGUUGAUGAAUUCAGUAGCAAUCAGUACUCCAUAAUGCACCUGAAUUUUUAGAGAAUAUAUAAUGAUUCGCCAUAUAA